AUGGAUUACCAGUUAAUAGGCUGCGAUAACGAAGAGUCGUUCAACACCUACAGCAUUGAUGCAACGAGGGAAGUUGAAGUGGAGCAAAUUGGGGUGGAUCUCUUCAAACAAAAUAUCCAUCCAAUUGAUUUUGUUGCUGUGUAUUCUGACGUGGAAGUCCCAGGCUCUGAUUCUGAUCUUGAGAGUGUUUCGCAUCACCGAAGUCUCGCUUUAGAUAGCUCACUGGAUGGUAGUGAGCCUGCUUUCGAUUAUAUCUCUGCCAAUUUGUUUCGAAUCGACUGCUUCCAGGUAACCAUUGAUGAUACAACAGAAGAUAGCAUCACAGCAAACCCCUUCUGCUUCUCCCUCAUAGUUAAAAGAGCCAGUCUCCAGAAGGCGAUUGUGAAGUUGAGGUCAAGUUUCGAUGUUCUGUUUAUUCUUGAUUCAGAGCAGUGCAGUGCCAGCAGCUGUGGAGUCACUGGCGCUUCGGUCUCAGUGCACAGAGUGGGCGAUUUCUCCUUUGAGUUUGCUGUUGUCUUUAAAUCUCUUCUCCAAAAAACCAGGCUUCAGCAGUUGCUCUCUUGUUUUGCUGAACAUAACAGCCAGAUAUCAAUUGUUCUCUCUCACAGUUUCGUUCGUCAGGUCCACUAUGAGCAGAUCAGUCCCAGUAAGGGAGUUGUUUGCACAAUCUCAGAUGAGUUACCAGGAGCCACUCCGGGCCCUAGAAUGACUUUGCAAUGUAAUGACCAGAGCUUGUUGGUAUCUAGUAUUGCAAAUAUAUUUACUUCAUCAAAUCAAUGGUGUUUCAUUAGUCAAGAAAUGCAUGACGUCUCUCCGUUAUGUUGGUUGUUUCCACCGCAAAAGUUGCUAUCUGAAUAUCGUCACAACGAUCAUCACUAUGGAAAUAUCCAAAACAGACCAGACUCUUCAUCAUCAACCUACUCGUUGCUAUUCUCUGAUGACAGAGAUGAUGGUGAGAAUCCUGGGAUUUUAUCUUUUUCAAUGAUGUCAUCCAAUAUUCUCAACAACCCUAGUAAUAAUAAUAAAAAGAUGUAUUAUAAAAUUUUGCAGUUCUCCAAACGAGAGGUAACUUAUUUAAUUGGCAAAAAAGGCUCCCGAAUUGAAAAACUAAGAAAUGAUUCAAAAUGCGAGAUCAAAGUCAUACCUGUUAAUGAAAUUGAGAAUUUGAAUCUAAAAUUGACCAGCAGUAUUAAGAGUAUUCAAUAUAUUCGAGUGGUAUCAAAUAAUUUUUUGAAAUUAAAAACAUGUCUUCAAAUGAUUGAAAGGCAAAUACUAUUAUUUCGAGAUGGCGGCAUUCGUUAUUAG